UGGCGUCCGGACGGUACCGGAGCUGAGGCCGUUCCGCGCCUUUUUGAGCCGGGCCGCGGAUAGAGGAGAAAGAGGAGGACAACGAGGAGGCGGCGGUAGCCUCGCAGGGCUCAUGUAAUCAGAGGAGUUCCUGUGUCGUGUGUGUCUGCUCAGAACGCAACUGGAAUUCAGAAUGAAUCAGAACACAACCGAGCCUCCUGCUGCAGUGGAGACCUUAGCUGAUGUACCUGAGCACGUGCUUCGGGGGCUUCCUGAGGAUGUCAGGCUCUUCCCAUCUGCUGUUGACAAGACAAGGCUUGGUGUUUGGGCAACAAAGUCAAUUUUAAAAGGGAAGAAAUUCGGGCCCUUUGUUGGUGACAAGAAGAAAAGAUCUCAAGUUAAGAGCAAUGUAUACAUGUGGGAGGUGUAUUACCCAAACCUGGGGUGGAUGUGUGUUGAUGCAACGGAUCCAAAGAAAGGGAACUGGCUGCGGUAUAUAAACUGGGCACGUUCAGGAAAGGAGCAAAACCUCUUUCCUCUGGAGAUCAACAGGACCAUAUACUACAAAAGUUUAAAGCCAAUCGCGCCCGGCGAGGAGCUGUUGGUGUGGUACAAUGGGGAGGACGACCCGGAGAUAGCCGCCGCUAUUGAGGAAGAGCGAGCCAGCGCCCGGAGCCGGCGGCACUCCCCGAAAGCCAAGAAAGGAAAGAAAAAGACUCAGGAAAGUAAAAACAAGGGGAGGAAGGCAACAGAUACAAAGCAGAAAAAGACUGAUUUGGAUUCUUCGGCAGAUAUGAGGGAUUCUAAAGAGGGUCAUAAAGAAGAAGAUGAAAAGCCUUCCGUUUCUGCUGUAUUGUCCCUGGAACAAACAGCUGUGAUUCAGGAGAUGGUAAAUCAAGAUGUGCUUCCAAAGCUGAUGAUUCCCAGUCCUGCCAGUGAACUGCAAAUAGUGACCGAAGAGAAACAAGAAGAAGCAAUAAACUGUGCAUCAGAUGAUUUAGAUGAGGAUGAAGAAGAAGAGGAUGAAGAAGAGGAAGAAGAGGAGAUGGAAGAUACCAAUAUGCCUAAAGAAAAUGCUGAAAUGCCUUUGAUAUGUGAAGAAAAGUUAGACUCUAUGGAAGAGCAAAAGAGUACAUCAGAGGAAUCUCCAGAAAGCUCUCCAAAGAAACUGGUGGUGAAAAUUCCAAAAGCAAGAGGUGAGUCAAACGGUGAUGUUCAGGAAACAUUCAUGUAUCCUUGUCAGCAUUGUGAGAGGAAGUUUACAACAAAGCAAGGACUUGAACGCCACAUGCACAUUCAUAUAUCUACUGUUAACCACGCUUUCAAAUGUCGAUACUGUGGGAAAGCCUUUGGUACUCAAAUUAACAGACGAAGGCAUGAGCGGCGCCAUGAGGCAGGGCCAAAAAGGAAACCGUUCUUAACACUAACAUCAUCACAGCACCUGGAUAAUGUUGCUGAUAACCAAGUAAUUGUGAGUGAUGGUCUUAAAGAUGACUUGAACGUUUCCAAUCUUGUACAAGACUCCGUUGUCUUGGAUUCUGAGAAAGUCUCCCAGGAAAUGUCCCACUCUGCUUUCGCUGAGGAGAACAAGGAGCCCAAAGAAUUGCAUCCAUGCAAAUACUGCAAAAAGGUUUUUGGAACUCACACCAACAUGCGGAGACAUCAGCGCAGGGUUCAUGAGCGGCAUCUUAUUCCCAAAGGUGUCAGGAGAAAAGGAUACUUUCAUGAAGAGCCACCGCUUCAAACUGAGCAGGCCCCACCAGUGCAGAGUGUAUAUAUAGCAAGUACUGAAAUAGAAGAGGAAGGUGAAAUAGAUGAUGUCUACAUUAUGGAUAUUUCCAGCAAUAUUUCUGAAAACUUAAAUUAUUACAUUGAUGGUAAAAUUCAGUCCAACAGCAGCACUAGCAAUUGUGAUGUGAUUCAGAUGGAGUCCAACUCUGCAGACUUGUAUGGACUAAAUUGUAUCAUCAGUCCAGUCACGGUGGAAAUUUCCUCAAAUAUAAAGAUUACACAAACACAGGUGAAUGAACCUCCUAAGGAGCCUUCUGGCAGCGGGAGCAAUGAAUCCAAAAAGAGGAGAACUGCCAGCCCUCCUCUUGUACCAAAAAUAAAAACUGAGAUAGAAGCAGAACCUGUAACUCCUACUAGUUCUUUAAAUCUUCCUCUUAGCAUUUCAACAGAGAGCUUACCUUUCCAUAAAGACAAAAGCGUGUAUUUGUCAUCAAAAUUAAAACAGCUUCUUCAGACGCAGGACAGUAAGAAGAUCACUCCAUCAAGUGAAAUCCCUAAACUGGGACCUUCUGUUGCAUCAUCAUCUAUUUUGCCUCCAGUAUCCAGUAGAUUUAAAAGAAGGACCAGCUCUCCUCCCAGUUCUCCACAGCACAGUCCAGUACUUCGAGAUUUUGUCAAAUCAGGUGAGGGAAAAACUGUGUGGAAUGAUAAUCUUCGAAGUUCAAAAAUGCCAAAGUUAGAAAGCCACAGCAACUCACCUGCUUGGAGCCUAACUGGAAGGGAGGAGAGGGAGGCUGUGAGCCCUCUUUGCUUCGAAGACUUCAAAACAUCAAAAGACUGGACAGUGGCUCCAACUUUUGGCAAUGUAUGCAACCAGCAGCCCCUGGAUUUGUCUAGUGGUGUAAAACAAAGGUCUGAUAUCAAAAAUAAGCAUCAGGUUCCUUGGGAAUCUGUAUUAGAUUUAAGUGUGCACAAGAAGCCUUGCAGUGAUGCUGAAAUUCGGGAAUACAAAGAAAAUUCCAUUCAACCAACCUGCAGUGGUGUUAAAAAGAAGAAACCAACCACUUGCAUGCUACAGAAGGUUCUGCUGAAUGAGUAUAAUGGAAUGGAUGCAGCCACAGACAGCACACCCAGUGUGAACAGAAGCCCGAGCCCAAGCAAAUCCCUGGAAUCUCAGGCAGAACCAGACACAGACCCAAGUCUGUCUGCAUCGUCUUCUGUUGAUACUCAGCCCCUUAGUUCCUCUGUUCCCCUUGUGCCACACGCAUCUGUCGUACCUUCCAUGUGUCAGCUGCCUCCUUUGUUAACACCAACUAAUCCUCCUUCCCCACCACCCUGCCCGCCUGUGCUCACAGUUGCUACAUCACCUCCUCCCCUUCUUCCAACAAUGCCUUUAUCAACUCCAGAUGUCUCUGCUAGUGCCACUAACACUUCCUCUUGCCCGUCGCCACUUUCAAACACUACUACCCAGUCUCCACUACCAGUUCUUUCACCUACGGUUUCUCCUUCUCCAUCUCCGGUUCCUUCAGUUGAACCUCUCAUUUCUGCUGCUUCACCUGGUCCUCCUACUCUCUCUUCUUCCUCUUCUUCCUCUUCCUCCUCCUCCUCCUUCUCUUCCUCCUCUUCCUCAUCAUCUCCAUCUCCUCCUCCCCUUUCAGUGGUUUCUUCCGUUGUUUCUUCAGCUGAUAACCUUGAAAAUACUCUUCCAAUGAUAAAACAGGAGGAAACUGAAAAUGAGCAGAAGGCCAGAGAAGAUCCUCAUGCUGCAAGUGAAUCGGGAGUAGUGCAGGAAACAUUCAAUAAAAGCUUUGUGUGCAAUGUCUGUGAAUCACCUUUUCUUUCUAUUAAAGACCUAACUAAGCAUUUAUCCGUCCAUGCUGAAGAAUGGCCCUUCAAAUGUGAAUUCUGUGUACAGCUUUUUAGGGAUAAAACAGGCUUGUCAGAACAUCGCUUUCUGCUUCACGGAGUAGGAAAUAUCUUUGCUUGCUCAGUCUGUAAAAAGGAAUUUGCUUUUUUGUGCAAUUUGCAACAGCAUCAGCGAGAUCUCCAUCCAGACAAAGUGUGCACACACCAUGAGUUCGAAAGCGGGACUUUGAGACCCCAGAAUUUUACUGACCCCAGUAAGGCCAACAUUGAGCACAUGCAGAGCCUGUCAGAAGACUCUUUAGAACUUUCUAAAGAGGAGGAAGAAGACGAAGAUCUAAAUGAUUCCUCUGAAGAGCUUUAUACUACUAUAAAAAUAAUGGCUUCUGGGGUAAAAUCUAAAGAUCCCGAUGUUCGGAUGGGCCUCAAUCAACACUACCCAAGCUUUAAACCACCUCCAUUUCAGUAUCACCAUCGAAAUCCUAUGGGUAUCGGCGUUACUGCAACAAACUUCACUACCCACAAUAUCCCACAGACUUUCACUACUGCCAUCCGAUGCACAAAAUGCGGGAAAAGUGUGGAUAACAUGCCUGAGUUACACAAACACAUACUGGCCUGUGCAUCUGCCAGUGACAAAAAGCGAUACACGCCCAAAAAAAAUCCAGUGCCACUGAAACAGACAGUGCAGCCUAAGAACGGCAUGGUUGUCAUCACUGGUCCUGGAAAGAAUGCCUUCAGACGAAUGGGUCAGCCAAAAAGACUCAAUUUCAACGUUGAGAUUAGCAAAAUGUCUUCAAAUAAACUAAAAAUAAACGCGUUGAAAAAGAAAAACCAGCUUGUCCAGAAAGCUAUCCUGCAAAAGAAGAAAUCUGCUCAGCAGAAGGCAGAAUUGAAAAAUAGUCUUUCUGAGUCAGACCCUCACAUCUGCCCCUACUGUAACAGAGAGUUUACUUACAUUGGAAGUUUGAACAAACAUGCGUCGUACAGCUGUCCCAAAAAACCCAUCUCCCCUUCCUCCAAAAAAAAAUCAUCCAAAAAAGGUGCAAGUUCAUCACCUGCAAACAGCGAAAAAGGCAGCAACCAGCGCAGGAGAACAGCAGAUGCAGAAAUCAAAAUGCAAAGCAUGCAGCCUCACUUGGGCAAGACAAGAGCGCGAACCUCAGGACCUGCACAGAUCCAGCUGCCCUCUGCAUCCUUCAAAUCAAAGCAAAGCAUUAAAUUUGUACCUCCCAUUCGAUCGAAAAAGCCAAAUCCGUCUUCGUCACUGAGGAACUCUAGUCCUGUGAGAGUGUCCAAAAUGACUCACGUUGAUGGGAAAAAAACUAAGGUGGUAGGUAAGAACACUUCCUCUGGCAUCUCAAGCAAAGCCACCCGGAAAUUGCACGUCAGAAUACAAAGGAGUAAUAAGGCUGUUUUGCCAAGUAGGUCUGCUGUGGCAAGUAAGAAAAAAGCAGACAGAUUCACUGUAAAAUCUAGAGAGAGGAUUGGAGGACCUAUUACACGAAGCUUACAGCAGGCGGCAAAUGCCGAGGCAGCAGAAAGCAAAAAAGAUGAAAGCAGUACAAAGCAAGAAUUAAAAGAUUUCAGUUACAGACUCCGCAUGGCCUCUAGAUGUCCCUCCUCCUCUUCUCCUAACACCAGCACCAGGCAAUGCAAGAAAUCCAGCUGCACUGCAUCCCCCUUCUUCAAGGAAUAGACCUCUGGUGUCAGAGCAGAGCAGGAACUUUUGGCUGGAAAAGGGGAAAGGAGAGAAUCCUCCAGCAUUGUCCCAGCUGAGGUGAGAACAGUUCCUUCUGCUGUUGCUUUGUUCUUCCAUCCAGAAGGAGAGGGACAGCGUGUGCUGGGAUAGCAUGGAGAAAUGGAGAGAGCCAACAGCUGGAAUAGCAUGGAGAAAUAUUCAGACAAUGGCAGGCAGGUUACCUGUGUUCAGAGAGCUGCAGGGCUGGGUGAGCAUCCUCUUCCUGGCCAAACAUGUCGAGGGGUUGAACGUACUAUGCAAUUAAAUGCUGAGAAGACUGUUACAUCGUUUUAUUCCUACUUUGCAUCCUAACGGGUAAAGAACUGGGCAACUUGCAAAAACCCACAGGGAGAGAGGUGGGUUUUGCUGAGGUUUCCACGUCUGCAGCCUGUGGGUACCCCAGUUCCUUGACUCUGUACCUUUAGCUUUAACGGGCACGGUGCCAUUGCUUUUGGAGUGCUUCAGGACUCGUGUUUCUUUGGAAGACCACUUGUUAAGUGAUCUCUGCAACGCACUGAUAGCCCACAGGUUCCUAAAGGGACAAGCAUCUGUUUCCUAAAGGCUGCUGUUGCAUUUCUCGCCAGUCUGGUACUCUUCUUACAGCCAGGAUUUGUUUGUUUGGUGAUUCACAUGUCACUGAGCAGUGCCACGCAAUGGUUUUCUUUAAAUAUGGAGCUCUGUGUAAGCUGUAAUGCAAGCAUGCUUUGCUUCAAUGGCCCUAUAAAAGGAGGCAUCGAUGGAGGCAGCCAGGAGAGCCGCAGCAACAUUGAGGUCAGUUUGAAAAAUGCAGUGCAGAGAGAUCUCUUGCUCCUAAAUGCUGACAAUCACACACAGGCAGCGGUGCUCCCGCUCAUUUCACUUCUGAGAUCCCACUUUUGGUGGGAUCCCUGCUAAUGUGUUCGAGUUUGGGAUUUUUAAAGGAGGCCAAGGGGCUGAUGGCCCCAUUUCCCCCUUGUUUCGGUCAGUUUUUCCCUUCCCUUGUCUUUGCACUCUGCACAGGUAAGCACACAUCUGUGUAUCCACAUGUUAGUUCUGAAAAAACAGGUGCCCAGUUGAUACUCCUCCCCACUCCCACCCUGGAAAGGGCACAGAAGGAUCUAUUGUAUAUAGAUCUACAUAUAUAUAUGGCUUAUAUAUAAAUAUGAAAUGGCUGAAAACAGCUGAUUUCGUAUGGUUUUGCCGAGAAUCAGAAUGUUGGAGAUGAAUACAAAAGCUUUAAACAAAAACUAUUGGUUCUGUUUGCUGUAAAAAUGUCUAAGCUAAAUGUUUGAAUAGAAGAGCAAAGGUCAUCAGGAUCUUACCUUACCUAGCUGCAGAUCUUUUGGAUAACCCCUAUUGCAGGCUGUCUAAGUGCAAUUGUGGUGUGAUGCUGAGGAUUGGAUGAGCCAUAAGAAGCAAUGUGCCCUUCCAGCCUGAGGGGGUGAGAACAUGGAGGUGAAGGGGGCAGCUUGUGCCACUGCUGGCUGCUCUGCCUCUUGCCUACACUGCGGAGUCUCAAGGAUGUGUUCCCUCUUGAGCUUUUUGCUAGCAAUAAUUUCCUCUUGAAUGAUGUGGUUGUACCAAUUCCAAACCAAGGAGGAAAAGUUUCACAGCAGCCUGGAAGACUCUCAUUAUACAUUAAAACCAGUAGGAAGUGAGUAACCAAAUCUGCUGGGUAGCUUGGUCAAUCUUGGUCAAAUAGCACAGAAAAUAAAUUCCCUGGCCUUACAUAUCUCCAAGAAGCUGAUGUGCACAUAGAGCUCUCUGAUCAGUUCUGCUUUCGUUUCACAUGUCAUCUUUCCUUUAAUUUUCCCUGCAAAGUUUUCCUUCCAUUGUUUCCUAUUGCGUGUGGAAAACCCUGUUCUUCAAAGCAGGCUUUACCUUCCUGGGCAUCAUCUGGACAAUUCAAACAGCAAAUCCACAGGGCUUCAUAACAACGCUCUGUCCUGAGCACCACCUCGCUGUGCCCUUCAUUUUCCCAGGCUGCCCAGAGCACUGUGGGUGCCCCAUCCCUGGAGAUGCCCGAGGCCAUGGAUGGAGACCUGGGGCAACCUCACGUGCUGUGGGGCACCCAUCCCACGGCAGGGAUUGGAACUGGAUGGGCUUUAAGGUCCCUUCCAACCGAAGCCAUUCUGUGACGUUCGGCUGAAGGUGGUGCUCACUGCACAAAUCCUCACUGCUCACGUGAGGAUUGUUGCUGAGCCCAAAUCCUGCUUUAAACAACCCGUCCUGAGAUGCUCUCAGCUUCCAGCAGCAGUGACUUGAAUGGAGUGCAGAGUUUCUGGCACGGAUGCUGCUUCGUUCAGUGCCUUUGAGGCAUACCAAUGAGGUUAAUAGGGGUGGCUUUUGUGCAAUUUAGUUGUGCUGCUUUUUUUGUUGUUGUUGUUCAGAGCAGCAUUAACGAUGAACAAACUCAAGGGGAGAAGCAUGUAAAUUGUUGUGCUGUAUGAACAUUUAUUUCUCCAGAGAAAUUCUGGCCUAUUGCACCAACCUGUACGUAUGUAUCUACCGUUUUAAAAGCACGUCUUUCUGUCCCUGGUUGUAAAUGCUCUGUUUUUAAGCUUUUAUAAGGUGUGUUACUCAACCAAAAGGCCACAGCACCCAGCUGUGUAUUGUGGUGAUCUUUUUGGAGGCUCCAUUGCAGUCUGAGCUGUGGUAGAGAAAUAUCCACACCAAACCACUCAUCGUUUCCCAGUUGUGUGGGAGAGUUGAUUUUUCUUACAGGAAACAAAUCAAUUCAACACAGUGUCGUUUCUCCAGAACGAUGAGGACUUUUUCUUCACAGCAAAUUCAGGACCGUACACCAUUUUUUAUUAUUAUUUUUUUUUUCCCAAUGGUGGAAUUUCAUGGUUUUGCAGCAACUUUUUAACCUCCCCGUCGUGUGCCUGCUGACAAAACAUGAAAUUCUGUUGUGAAAACCCAAGGAGAGCGUGGCGAAAAAAGCUCAGGUUCUGCAUGUAGGAAUCUGCAAGGCCAACCAUGGUAGCUCUGCAGUGCUCUCAUGAUGAUGCUGAUGUUGAGGAGUUCAUGAAAUAAGGAGUUACAUGGAGAUGUGGUGUGAGCUGGCUGGUGCUCAGAUGCUGAACAUUGCUUUGGAAGAGUGAAAGCUCUGUUGCCCGUCCGUGUAAAGGGAAAGACCAAUAA